AUGGCGUCUCUACAGCUCAAGAGCAAUGAAACGUUUUACUAUUCGAACGUAUCCAAUGCGGGGGAGGGACCGACGAGCGGGGCAGGCGCACCGAAAGGAGAAGAAUCUUCUGAAAGGAAGGACGUGGAGAUGAAGUUUCACUCGGACAAGCAUGUGUGGUGCUUCUACAACGACAUGUACAAGAAGAUGGAGGUGUGCGGGUUCAGCCCGUCAGGGAAGACCUACACCCUUAAGAGAAAAGGAGAGACCCUGGAAAAUGUCCCCACGGAGAAGGUCACCCCGUGCCUGAAGGAGCACAUCCAGCUGGACAGCGAAAACAACAUCGACAUCAUCCAACUGAAUGAACCCAACGUGAUAGAGAAUUUACAAAACAGAUAUGCGAAGAAUAAGAUCUACACCUUCCACGCGUCCCUCCUCUUGGCCAUAAACCCGUACAAGCAAAUCCCGGGGCUCUACGGGGAGGAGAGCAUGCACCGGUACCUCAGCAAGUUUGGCAAGGGAAGCGGCAGGGGAAGCGAAAGCGGCAGCAGCGGAGCGCACAUCUACGACAUCGGGAACUUGGCCUACAAAAAUAUGGUGCUGAAGGGGAAGCGGCAAACCAUCGUCGUCUCGGGGCACAGCGGCAGUGGCAAAACGGAAAACUGCAAAAUUCUGUUCAAGUACUUCCACUACAUGUUCUUCCACAGGAGUGGGGUGGCUGCAGCAGCGGAAGCAGCGGCAGAAGGAGGGGAAGCGGGGGUGGCUGCAGCAGCGGCGGGAGGAGACGCAACCGGGCAGCGGAUUGACAAGCUAAUAUACAUCAACAGCAUAAUUGAGGCCAUGAGUAACGCCAAGACGAUCAAGAACAACAACAGCAGCAGGUGCGGACGCAUCAACGAGCUGCUCUUCGAGGAGAGGAGGAGGAGGACAGACGAAACCAUUUUCAAUCACUGCUUCACCAACAUGAAGAUUAGAAUCCUCCUGCUGGAAAUCAACCGGUGCAUUAGACACAACAAGGGGGAAAGGAACUUUCACGUUUUCUACGAAAUCGUUAGGGGGUUGACAGAUGCAGAGUUGAGUCAGAGGGGGCUGGUGAGAGAUGUCCAUCGGUAUAGGCUCCUCCGGUGUGCUGACCAUGGGGAGGAUAUCCCAACUGGUGAAUCUGCCCUUGAGGAGGAGCGGAAGGACCAGAAGAACUUUCACCACUUGAUGGAUGGUCUGCGGUACAUACAGUACGACGAGGGGAGGAUAAGCCAGUUUGUGGAUGUGGUCGCCGGGGUUAUUCACUUGGGGGAGAUUGAUCCGGGUGGGGAGGGCCAAGAAGAGGGAGCGGGUGAAGAAGAGGGAGUGGGCGGUGAGGAGUCCAAUUUGGGGGGGAGCCCCAAUGCGGACAGCUACCAAAACGCGUGCUCCUGUUUGGGGCUGCCCCUCGCCGAGCUACAGAGCACGAUCCGCUUCAAGAGCAUCCACGUCUCGGGGGAGAGGAUCAGGACGCAACGAAGCAGAGACAACGCGAUGAACACUCUCCACAGUUUGAUAAAGGUGAUUUACAAAAAUUUGUUUUGCAAACUUGUGGGUGAUAUUAAUAGGACGCAUCUCUCCGGGGAAGAGAGCGAAGAGGUCAUGAACGAGUCUGCACAGGUAAGGAGCAACCACACCAUUUCGAUUCUGGACCUAUACGGGUUCGAGGAGCUAGCUUCCAACGACUUUGAGCAGCUAUGCAUCAAUCUGGCGAAUGAGAAAUUAAACAAUUAUUACAUCCUCAACGAAGUGGAGAAGGAGAAGCUCAUUCAUAGGGAGGAAAAUAUCCUCUGGAGGGAAGUCCCCAUUCCAAACUACAAAGACACGAUCCUUUUUGUGGAAAAAUUAUUUUUAAGUCUAGAUGAUAUAACGAAGCUGAAUAGCUGUGGGCAGAAGAAAGUGGAUGAGGACUUCUUUUCCUACCUUCUACAGAGUGAGAGGAGCUACCUGGAAAAGGGCACGUACGGGUUCGUCAGCAGCAGGGACGGCUCCUACACAGAUAGGAGGCACGGCGUGAGGAGGAACGUCUUCUUUGUGAGGCACUACGCGGGGUGCGUGGCCUACACGGUCAGCGGCUGGAUCGGGAAGAACAGCGACAGGGUGGAGGCGGAGAUAGGGGAGUUGAUCGCCCGCUCGGGCAAUUGGUUCCUCGGGGGGGAAGCGACGGUGGGGGGGGGCGGCACGAUGGAGGUGAGUGGCGGCUCCGCGGUGGUGGGUGGCUGCUCGACGGAGGCAACCGCAUCCCCCCUUCGGGGAGACGCGAAUUAUUUUCUGGCCUCCGCAAGGGGAGUGCCCACCCAGGAGAGUAGUCCCCCCACCUGCAACAAGAACAUCCUGAGCGUCAGCAAAAAAUAUAUUAAGGAGCUCGAUAAGCUAUUUUCUAAUAUGAAGGAGACGGACCUACACUACAUUAGGUGCAUUCUGCCGAACGAACAAAUGAGGAGAGACAACUUGAAGAGGAGACUCAUCUACACUCAGCUGAAGCAGUGCGGGGCGAUUGAGAUGGUGAAGAUCGUAAAUAGGGGGCUGUCCCAUAAGGUGCUCAAGGGAGAGUUCCUAAACAGAUGCAGGAGAGACGUCCCGAAGGAGUUGCAGCAUUGUAGGGAUGAUGACAUUGCCUACUACUUCAUGCGGCUGUUUGAUGAGGCCAACAGUUUUAAGGUCGGCAAAAAUUAUAUUUUUAUGGGGUCAGGUGUGUACACAGAGGUGCAUGGGUACUUGUAUGGGGAUCACCUCCAUCAGAUGGGGAGGCAUCAUCUCCCCUUAAUGGAAGAGAGGAAAAAAAAAAUCCUGAAAGAGAUAAACACCAGGCGCUUUAGGAGGUCCGUGUGGGUGGUGCAGAUACACAACUGGCUGAACACCCACUAUAGGACCUACUUGCAAAAGAAGAAACGGAUGAAGGAGAAGGCCUGCGACUAUAUGUUUAAGGUGUAUUUAAUAUUCAAGACCGUUAUGGGGGUGAAGCGGAGCCUGGGCUACAACGUCGGGCGUCUGCAGAGGGUGCUGGCGAGAAAGGCCUACGGGGGGUUCUUCCGUCGGGUGCAGAUGCGGGUGCAGAUGCGGGCGCGGGCGAGGGCGCUGCGGAGGGGGAACCACACGAAGUGGGGGAAGCGCCCCAAGGGGGGAACCCAAGUGGGUGUUGAGGAAGGAACUAAAGAGGACGCCCAAGUGGGUGUUGAAGAAGGAACUAAAGAGGGCACCCAAGUGGGUGUUGAGGAAGGAACUAAAGAGGACGCCCAAGUGGGUGUUGAAGAAGGAACUAAAGAGGGCACCCAAGUGGGUGUUGCGGGGGGCCUAGUGCAGAAGGGGUCACCCCCCCCCUGCGAUGGGACAACCGCCAACGGGCUGAGCCACACCGCGGCGGAAAUAUUCGUGGCCACCCCGGACCACCACCACCACGUGUACAGCAGCAUCGACUGGGUGGUGGUGUUCCGAGAGAAGCAGGUGCACCUGUACCGCGUCGCUUACGCCUUUGAGCGGGUGUGCAAACAGUACCUCCCCGAUUUUGGCGCCGUCACGCUGAGGAAGAGGCUUCUUCCUUGUGGAGGGGACCCUCCCCCUGCACAGCUCGGGACAGACACUUACAUGCCUCUCCCCAUACACUGCAUAGGCCAACACCCCCUCUACAAAAACAUAUUCAUAGCGGUGGAGGGCGAUUUAUCCGUACGUAUCUUCAGCUACCCAACGUUGGACUCCAUUAAGAGGUUCCUAAGAAGGAAGAUCCAUUUGAUGAAGAGGGGCAGCGGGGAUAUCCCGAGCACAUACCUGCCGCAGCUGCACCGGAGCAGGAGGUUUGGAGGCCCCUCGGGUGGGGCGUCAACAAUGGGAGCCACGGCGGGGGAAAGCCAACCAGGCGAUCUCUUCAGCGAAGAUAACCUGAACAUGUUCAUGCACAUGUACAAAGAUGUGUACGUGCUGAGCUCGCUGGGGAAGGUAGCAGGGGGGGCCGAAGUGGUGGACAGGGGAACCGAAGUGGUGGACGGGGGGGCCGAAGUGGUGGACAGGGGAACCGAAGUGGUGGACGGGGGGGCCGAAGUGGUGGACGGGGGAGCCGAAGUGGUGGACGGGCGAACGGCACGAAACAACCCAGGGGAGUGCGCCCUGCUGAGGCGAAUACACAAAGAGGAGUACAUCGAGCAGGAGGUGUGCGCAAACCCCUCCUUUAAAAUUCUGAAGGUCGCCUUCCUCCCCACGAGUCUCAGCCACUUCGUCUGUCUCUCCUAUGAGCAGAGAGGACGGGAGCAUUACCUCUUGGUUACCCUCGUGAACUGCUGCUCCAAGCCGACCUACAAUUACACAACCAAAAUUCGAAUCACCAGCGUUAUUGAGAGUGCGCAGUUUUGGAAGUUCCUUUUGCAAACUGGUGGAGACUCCCUCGCCGGUGCUACCGAACCGGUAGCAGUGGGGAGGAGGUGCCCAGGGGAUCAAAACGAAGAAAAAAAAAAACACGUGGAGAGCUACCUCAGCACAUUGCAAAUAUCCCCAAUUAGCAAUUCCCUUGUAGUCAUCCACGGAGCGUGUCUACUGAGCCUCGUGCAAAUACAUCAUUACAGUUUGGGCUCAUCAGACGUGUGCCUGCGCGAGUAUGAGCGAAGGUUCUUGCGAGUGGCCUUCAGCCUCAUCUGCUUUGAGGUUUUUAGCCACGUGUGUGAGGAGCACCUGGGGAGGCUGUCGCCCGAUUUGAAGCACCGCUUGGUUGUGGAUGAGUUGUUUGGGCGGGGGGAGAAGCGGAGUAAUAUUGAGGAGGGGAGUAAUAUUGAGGAGCGGAGUAAUACACAGAUUUGCCUGAACGGGUCAGGCGAUUCUGACACGUCUGCACACUUGGCAGGUCCCCUUGACGAAGUGAAGAAGCAGCCCGACGAAGCCACCCCGCAGGAACCGCCUCGCCAGUGCUCCCUCUAUGCAUUUUCCCCGCGGGGAGAAAUAUACCUGCUGACGAAUGGAGAGCGGGGGGGCUCCUCCGGGGAGCUCUUUCGCCACGGCCCCUGGGGGGUUAGGAAGUUGGCAGUGAGGAGGCGCUCAGCGGGGGAGGGAGCAGCGUGGGAAGGGGCAACGGGGGAGAAAGCAACCGAGGAAGGAGCAACCGAGGAAGGAGCAACCGAGGAAGGAGCAACCGAGGAAGGAGCAACCGGGGAGGGAGCAACCGGGGAAGGGGCAACCGGGGGCCUCCCCCCCCCGUGUAGCUACUACGGAGUCUUCAGCAUGAACAUCAGCCACUUUUACAAGCAGGAGUACCACAAGAGUUUCGUGACGCUGCGCCCGUCGAUCCAAGCGACGAUUAGAAAAUACGCCCGCGCAGGCAGGGAGCCAGUCACGGGGGUCAGCGGUAGCAGCCGCAUUAGAAGCGGAAUCAACAGCAUGAGCAGCCGCAUGAGCAAAUCUCUCUUCCCCGAUGUGUGCGUUCUGCGCGAGUGGACGGGGAGCGGCUUCGAAGGCGUGCAGCGGGAGUGCCUCUACUACAGCCUGAGGAACGGGGGGGAGGCCAUGACCCUGUGCCGCGGGGAGGGGCGCCCCUCGCCCCCGCCGGACUCCACGUAA